CGCGUGCAGGAGAGACCAGCCGUACUGCAGAAGGAUUUUAGUUGAACUUCAAUCAGGUUUAUUCAACAGAGUAUCACACAAGCUGAAUGCGUGUACUCGGGUCUGUAGGAAGGGCCUCCGCUCGCUCCAUUCCUGACAGACUGACAUUCCAAAAGAUUAGUGAUGCAUAUAAAGUCUUUAAGAGCAUUGUGAUUGGAUUUGCAUAAUAAGUAGGAGGCGGCCCGUGGUUUAGACUUAGGAGCCUCAUUGGAGCACAGGGUGUAGUCCAGCCCUCCAGGCCCCACCCAGGUCUUCCUUCUCCAGCCAUCAGGAGUGUGUGCAUGUUGUUUCUCAUUUCUGUGUAUAUGGGGUGAAUUGACUCGGCUUGAAGAGUUCAUGUGCGGGACAAAGACAUGAUUCACUUGUUGCUUUUUUGAAGAUUCUCUAACGAGCUCGGGAGUCUUAAAAUAGUCUUAUCUCUUUCGGGAUGGGACGAGCUGUGGCUAGAAGGUCGGUCCCAGGAUAGUUACAAAGGGCCAGUGUAGCUGUGGGUGUGGGGGUGGCAGAGAGAGAGCCAAUGUGUGUGUGAGGGGUCAGAGAGGGCCAGUGUGUGUGUGUGAGAUGCUGUGUGGCAGAAAGAGGGCCAAUGUGCUCAGCGUUCCACUCUCAUUCUAAAGUGUCUAUAUACUGUUGUGUAUUUUGCAUUACAGCUCUUAAAGAUUCCAGAGGCCCACAAGGUGUCCAUGGUAUAGAAUACCAUUGCUUAGAGCUGGACCAGAUGGUUUACAUUAGGUAGCAUGAGAUCAUGGGAGGGGGGGCUAGAAGCCCGCUCGAAACCAUUGCCAGCCCAUAGAUUCGAACAUGACGCCUCCUCUUUCCUCUGUCUAUAUAACCCGUGACAACAUGAUAAACCAUUGGGCUUUCUCAAUUCGAAUCCUGAGAGUCUCCAGUCGUCCUAGGCGUCUGUCUUUGACACGUACCUUGUAGAAUAAACUUUGUGUUCCUAUCAAGUAUUGUGUCGCUCGAAACUUCUUCUCCAUCAUCUCAAGGGACAUGAAAUAUACCACAAACUUGGCGUCUACGAACAGUCACAUGUGAAAAUACUCAAGACAACACAACGAUUUGGACUCUGAAGGACAAAGAGGCGUUGACAUCAAGGAGCCAGUCCAGGGCGUGGCCGCUGACUGACGUGCUGACUGACGUGCUGACGUCACCGAUGUACAGCAAAAGAGGCCUGUACUAACUUCACAAACUCCUUGAGCAAUAACCCUGCAUUUGUCAAACUGAGACUUUUGAGAAUAUCGAUCUAUUUGCAUAACACAUGAAGACUAAAUGCUGUAGUCAGUUUUAAAAGAAGAAUAACUAAAUAAAUAGAAGGCUUGGCAGCUGAUUGAUCAUUGGUUAAUUGGUUAAUUAAUUUAAUUGGUUAAUUAAUUUAGUUGGUUAAUUGAUUUAAUUGGUUAAUUACUUUAAUUGAUUAAUUAAUUAAAAAUACAGAAUAAAGACAAAUAAAAACAGAAUAAUGGGAAAAAAGUGCAUUAACAAUCCAAAGCUGAUUACUCCUGUCGAUGUAGUGCAAAGGAAUAAUCCUUUAAUCAGCAGCGUCACAAACGUUGCGAAGAUCUCUGAGAAAUGGUCUAAACGAUGGCCUCAAAUUGACCGACCGUGGCCCUUGGAGGGGACACUUAAUCCAGAUGUAAUUAAAAUAAUGCAUGUACUUGUAUCUACCUACAAGGCAGAACAGAAGAAGGGAAAUCAGGGAAAGAAACGCAAAGAAAAGAGACAACUCGAGCUUGGAGUUCUCCAGCUAUUUGCAGAUGAGGGACAGAAAAUGAUUGCAGCUGCGUCAGUAAUGUAUCCCAAGAUAGUCUGUCCUCAGGUCUCAGUGUCCAGUCAGAAGGGGCGUCCUCAGAUCAGUGACGAGAGUGAUCAGGAAGAGGUCAAGGGGGGUUGCGACCCCAAAGCCAAGUGGAGCAGAGCAGAAGAGGCAGACGACAGCGAGGAGGAAUACAGCGAUGAAGAAGACUCCCAGAUGACUUUGAGUGAGGUCAGAGAGUUGCAGAUAAGAAAGAGAGAGUUACUGCAAUCUAAUAAAGUGUCAGCACCAGGAAGCAUGUUCCCAGUGAUCAUCAGAGAACAAGGUUUUGAAUAUAGACCAUUGCAGAGCACCGAUAUGUCAGCCAUACUUGAAAAGCUUCCCAUUAUCGAAGAUGGAGCACAUCCUUGGAUUGCAAAACUCGAACAGAUUUUGGUCGGAGAUCUUCCUGCGAUGGGAGAUAUUAAGAAACUACUGGCUAAUGUCGUUGGCGUUUACAGUAUGGAAGAAAUUUUAGAGAAAGCUGGACUUAAUCAAUACAUAGGAACAAGUGUGAAUGAUUCAGACCUGUUUGCUGCGAGUAGAGGUCGAGUGUUCAGAGCACUGAAAGAUACAUUCCCGACGAACGUGGAUCCAGCCAAUAUUUUGAUUGAACCACUCGGACUGGAGGAAAAUCCCAGAUCCUUUGUUUCGAGGUCUCAUCAAACGUGGAUGAAUGUCACAGGUAAUGAUCCAGAACAAAAUCUUAUGGACAAAUCGAUUUUGAGAGGCAAAAUCCUGAUGGGGUUGCCGUUGCCAGUACGAAGCAGAUUGGCAGAGGUGGUUGGCCUUGGAAACAUGAAGAAGAGUGUCUACACAGACCAUAUAGCCCACCAGGUGGAGCUGUAUCGGAAGAAGGGAGAUGAUUUGAAAGAACAAGAUCAAGAGACCCUCAGGAAACUUCAUGAAAUACAACUGGUGAGUGACAAGGCUGAGAAGAAGCAGGCCCUGAUGCAGAAUCAGGUCCCAUCAAAUCAACCUGCACCACAACCGGAGCCGAAUCAAGCUGAGUUCCAGUCGUUCGAGCCAUAUCCAGCGGUUCCAGUUGCCGUCUACCAACAGCCAAGAAACAACUGUGAGGUGAUGGAGUGCUGA